AUGGAAGAGGACGGGAAAAUGCCCGACAACGACUCCAAGAAGCCGUUUAGAAAAUUGUGGUGCGACGAGGACGAGAUCACCAUUCUCAAGGGCCUUCCUGAUUUCAUUUCGAAAACUGGAAAUGACCCGUUGAAGUACGUUGAUGCUUUUUACAAUUUCGUUAUCAAGUCACUUCAAGUGGAUGCUAACCGCGCCCAGCUGAAGGAUAAGGUUCGAAGGCUGAAGAAGAAGUUCGAGACACAUGCAUGCAAAGGGAAGAACGGAGAGAGCCCCAAAUUCCCCAAAGCCCACGACCAGAAAGCUUUUGAAUUGGCCAACAAGGUAUGGGGCAGUGGAGCCAAUGAAGCAGCUGGUAAACCUCCCAAGAAGGAAGCCAAUAGUAGCAGCAAGAACGUGGCUUCUUCUGCAAAGAAAGCGAAAGCCGAAGCUAGACAGGAACCACCACCACCGGAAUCCGAUAUGCAAGAUGUAAAGGCUGAUGAUACAAGUGUGCUUUUGAGUGAAAUGUCUGGGCUGAAUGAGGAUGUGGUGAAGAAGGGAUUGGAGUUAAUUGGAGCAUCUAAGAGGGCUCAGUUGGCGGGAAGGUGGAAGAAGAUACAGGUUGCGGAGCUGGAGCUGUUUGCUAAGCGUGCUCAACUGGUUGAGGAGCAGACUAGGUUGAUUUUGGAGGCUUACAAGUCAUCAAAGAAUUAG